AUGGAAUCUCCUGGUCACAGCAACAUCAUUGGGAGAGGUACACGCACAAAACGUGAAAAAUAUGCCUCAAAAGCUUGCGGGCAAUGUAAACAUCGGAAGAUCAAGGACGAGCUUAGAGGGAUGGCUGUGCUAAGCAUCAUCUCGUUAUGCAGUGUGAUGGGAAUGUUCCGUGCAAAACCUGCGUUGCAAAUAAGCGAAAAUGGCGAAAAGCCGGGCACGAGAAGACAAACAAAAGGUCUCAGUCAACUCAAAAGCCGUUACUUGUGGCGAAAUAUGCUAAGAAAGACCAGACCGGAGGCACCGAAACUCUCUGAAUUCCAGAACAAGUCCGAUUUUGCCAGUUCAAGAACUUUGAGAUCAAACUCCAGAUGCUCACAGGACGCUGAACCUGGAACUCGAAGCGAAGCAAGAGGGGGAGCAGAUGAGAGUAUCACGCCUUUCUCAGGUGAGACAUCCCUCACACACAACAUGACUGUCGUUGAGGGCAGACUCAAGCAGAUGGGGGUGAGGUAUCCUAGAAUGCGAUCUGGAUCACCGGAUCAAUCUUUUGCUUCCCACUUGACACCAUCCCCGCCGGCAUCGCCCACAGAAAGUCCGCACCAUCAGGCAAAGAGUAAAUUGCUCUUUCAAAUCUUGAGCUCUCAUAAGAUAGUACCAGACCGAGUCCAAUGGGAUCGUGUUAUGAAGACUUUCUGUGAUGAGGUGCUUGUCCUAGUGCCAUUUCUGCAUCUGCCCUCAGUCUGGGAAGCCUACGAAAAUCUGUGGGAUGGAUUUAUUCUCCCUGAAUCGAGCCAUCAAUUGGACCUUGAGGAGUGGAGAUUGACAUCGUCAUAUGUCCUCCUGUGUCUAGCAAAUGGGACAUGUGUCGAGUCAUCGAGAGUCAAUGACCAAGAAAUGCAGUACUCCGCUGGUUGGAGCCUGUACCGAGCGGCGAGAGACAUCUUUGGGGACCUUCUGGAUGUUUUUGGCGAGUGCACUAAUCAAAUACUUUUAUUGCAAAAUAUUCUUCUGAUGGUAGUCUACCUGUUUCGGCUUGAUGCACAUGGGCCUGCAGAGAAGCUCUUAGCGCUUGCAAUAUCCCAUUCACAUCACAUUGGACUGCAACGUCGCCAAGUGGUCGAGAGAAUGAGUCGCUUUGAGGGUGAAAUGGCUCGUCGUCUCUGGUGGUGCACAUAUCUAAUGGACAGAAGACUGGCAAUCGAGACUGGCCGUCCAUUUCUCAUUCAGGACCUCAACGUCGACAUUGGCCUCCCUCAAGUGAUGAGCGAUGAUUUGCUCAGCAAUCACCGAGGUAGCUCGCGGUCCGUGCAUGCGGAUGAUGACGCUGAAAAAUCACCUACUGCAGUGCCUUAUCUGAUUGCUAUGGUCAGCUACUCGAGGGUGAUAGGCAAAGUCUGGGAAGCCCUGUACGGUGCUUCAACGUCCGACUCAACCCCGAGUCCACUGUUAAAAGAAUACCUCGAGCUUCUUAUAACGCAGUCGCAGACUGAUCUACAACCAGAAUUCUCCUAUGACCCGCAAAGCCCAAGGAAAUACAAAGCGGAUGGCCUGGAGUGGUGGCAGAUCAAACAACAACUAAUGAUGAGGAUUAGAUGGUCAUCACUAUAUCUUUUGAUAAGGAAGCCUAUGCUGCACCGCAAAGGAACAUCAUCUUUGACGGCACCAGAGGCCGUUGAAAACGAAGUUGUCUGCAUGCGUUUGGCCCAAAGUACGAUUGAAGACUUCAGCAAUGUGCCAGAGGAUCAUCCAAAGUACACAUUCCCUUUUUUGCAUUAUUUAACCAGUGCUAUUAUCACUGCGCUUGGUUUGAUAAUCAAACAGAGCCGUUUCAAGACGCCCUAUGGUGGGCUGACACUGGAAGCUGCUCGAUCCCUGAAAAAGCAUUGCCGAAAAACUUGGGUGUCAGGCAAGAUGGCUCGGGCUGUCUGGAAGUUGAAUCAAAUGGCAGAGGCUAUCCUCCAUACCAGACCGCGACAGCACGAAGAUGUGAACCUUCACCAACCGGCACCGCCACAACUCAUCACCUCGUCACAGCCGAAUAACCCCCUUUCAUCAAAGGGACCACCUCAUGGAAUGAUGCAUGCGGCACCGAGUCAAAACCUACCUCAAACUUCGCCGCAAGCAGAUCCAACUCCAUUGGGGCCCUGUCGCGAAACGCAAAAAGAUCCAGCCAUUCCUCAAAACCACCUCCCCUCGUUGGUAAAUGACGGAUUGCAUUUUGGUUUUCAAAGUGAAGUGUCCCAUGACACAAACACAAUGGAUAUGGCAUCCUGUCUUGCAAAUGACACUAGCCCUGGCGCAUGGAGCAUACCACCCGCCCCAUUCCACGUUCCAGGCGCAGAUGUGCUAGGAACAGACCACAAUUCCUGGUUGCCGGGAGAAAUGAUAGAUGGUGGAAUGGAAUGGCUACAGUCACUUUGUGCAAAUGAUUUAGAUCCUGAUGUUCCAUUACCUUGGGCGUGGUAG